AUGGAACUGCCGAAGAUGGGCUUUCCGCAUGGCUAUAUCUCUCACAAACCAUACACCGGUACCUUCGAGCGGACUUCCCACUGCAACGUCACAUUAAGCUUCUCCUGCCUGUACCUCGCACAACCAAUUCAACUUCCCAUCCUUCCCAAGCGCCUCUACAUCCAUGUCAAUAUCGUCCGCACCAUCCCAUACCGUCCAGAGAGACCUGGUCAGUCUUCACUACUAGCUAAAUUGGAUACGACGCGAACCAUAACACCAGGUGAAAGCCAUUACAUCGCAGAUAUCAACCCCAAAGUGAACCUUGGGGAUCUUGCUCCCAACUACGUAUUGGGAUUUGACCACGGAGCCUGGAGGACAGUCGCUCAAUACUACAAUAUAUCCUGGACCCUGGUUCAAAUCCGGACGCCAACCCACAAUCACCGUGACUCGGAGUUUUCGUUUUCCCCUCUUUCACUUGAUGGCUGGCUGGAUCCCAAUCACCAGUUUGGGUAUGGGACUCGGAAGAUAAGAUUGACAUUGGCGGGAGUCCAUACACAGUUCGAUGCCUCUGCAGGUGUUGCUAUCGGGAUGGCACCUUUCCCUUCUCAGGAUAAUGUCACUCCGUCUUUCAAGAUCGUUCGGAAUGGAGUUACGGUCAAGAGUGGGAGUGGCGCGAAAGCGAUCACGAACAGCUGCCCGUACUACAACUUCAAUCCUACUGUUGGGUCUAUUUAG